GUGGGUGGGUGCGAGCGCGGUGGGUCUGUGCGCGCUGCCGCCAUGCGGGAGCGGAGGCCGGCACCGGCCGCACCGGCCCGGUGCAAGCUGGUGCUGGUGGGUGACGUGCAGUGCGGCAAGACGGCCAUGCUGCAAGUGCUGGCCAAGGAUUGCUACCCAGAGACGUACGUGCCCACCGUGUUUGAGAACUACACGGCGUGUCUGGCCAGCGAGGAGCAGCGGGUGGAACUGAGCCUCUGGGACACCUCCGGCUCUCCCUACUAUGACAACGUGCGGCCCCUGUGCUACAGCGACUCGGACGCCGUCCUGCUCUGCUUCGACGUCAGCCGGCCCGAGACCCUCGACAGCGCGGCCAAGAAGUGGAAGACAGAAAUCCUGGAUUAUUGCCCCAACACGCGGGUGCUGCUCAUCGGCUGCAAGACGGACCUGAGGACAGACCUGAGCACGCUGCUGGAGCUCUCGCACCAGAAACAGGCACCCAUCUCCUACGAGCAGGGCUGUGCGGCCGCCCGGCAGCUGGGAGCCGAGGCUUACCUGGAGUGCUCGGCUUUCACCUCGGAGAAGAGCGUGCACAGCAUCUUCCGGACCGUGUCCGGCCUCUGCCUGAGCAGAGCCCCCCCGCAGCCGCCCCGCAGCCCCCCCCGCAGCCUCUCCAAGCGGCUCCUGCACCUCCCCAGCCGCUCCGAGCUCAUCUCCUCCACCUUCAAGAAGGAAAAAGCAAAAAGCUGCUCCGUCAUGUGAAGGGGGGAAGGGAACGACCCCCCCUUCCCCCCCCUCCAUGUCACACACACCCAGCUUUGGGAGCCCCCCCCCGGAAUGGGGUGGGGGGGCUGGGCAGGGCUCGGGGGGUCCCCCCCGAUAAAGGGGUGAUGCCCUGGAAUGGCACCAUCGCCCUGCCAGCCCCACAGCCUGGGGGGCUGCCCCCGUGGGAGGGGGGUCUGGGGGGUGUUUUCACCCGGUUCCCAACCCUGAGGGGGUCCCUGGGGGGUUUGGGGCACACAGGACCCUGAGGACAUCAACACAGAGGGGUUUGGGGUGCUCAGACCCUCAGGGACAUCAACCCUGAGGGGGUCCCUGGGGGAUUUGGGGUCUCAGACCCUCAAGGAUGUCACCUGGGAUGGUCCUUGUGCGGUUUGGGGCACACAGGACCCUGGGGACAUCAUCCUGGGGGGGUCCCUGUGGGAUUUGGGGUGCUCAGACCCUCAAGGACAUCAACCCUGGGGGAGUUUGGGGUCACAAAACCCUGGGGACAUCGACCCUGUGGGGUUUGGGGUGCUCAGACCCUCAGGGAUGUCACCUGGGAUGGUCCCUGUGAGGUUUGGGGUGUACAGGACCCUGGGGACAUCGACCCAGAGGGGUUUGGGGAGCUCAGACCCUCAGAGAGAUCAACCCAGGGGGGUCCCUGUGAGGUUUGGGGUGUACAGGACCCUGGGGACAUCAACCCUUGGGCUUUUGGGGUCACAAAACCCUGGGGGCAUCAAUCCAGAGGGGUCCCUGGAGGGUUUGGGGUGCUCAGACCCCCAGGAAUAUCAACCCCGGGGGGUUUGGGGUGCUCAGACCCUCAAGGACAUCAACCCUGGGGGAGUUUGGGGUCACAAAACCCUGGGGGCAUCAACCUCAGGGGCAGCCCUGGGAGGUUUGGGGGGCCUUGGGACAUCAACCCUGUGGGGUUUGGGGAGCUCAGACCCUCAGAGAGAUCAACCCAGGGGGGUCCCUGUGAGGUUUGGGGUGUUCAGACCCUCAGGAACAUCACCUGGGGUGGUCCUUGUGGGGUUUGGGGUGCUCAGGACCCUGGGGACAUCAACCCAGGGGGGUCCCCGGGGGGUUUGGGGUGCUCAGAGCCCCAGGAGCAUCAUCCCCAGGGGGUUUGGGGUGCUCAGACCCUCAGGGAUGCCACCUGGGACGGUCCCUGUGGGCUUUGGGGGACACGGGGACGCCGUCCCGGGGGUCCCUGUGGGCUUUGGGGUGCACAUCAUCCAUGGCCUCAUCCUGUUCUCUCCCCCUUCCCCCCAUCCCUCAUCUGCUGCUUGGCCCCGGGGGACCCUGUGGGUUGGGGAGGGGGGAGGGGGGCUGUUUUAUGGACUGUAUUUUGGGGGAGGGGGGGUGUCUCUGUUCCAUGUCAGUGUUAUUAAAAAGCUUAUUUAUUAUCAGAAAUAUAACACCUACCUAUGUG